AUGGUUCAACGAGUCACUCUCCGCACACGAAAGUCCUACAACACGGCCUCCAACCUACACCGGAUCAUCAAAACCCCCGGAGGGAAAUUGAGGCAAUUACGUAUCCACAAGCAAGCCACCGCCCCCAAAUGUGGUGAUUGCCAUAUCGCUUUACCCGGUAUCCCUGCUCUUAGGCCCAUUCGAUACGCCCACAUCUCCAAGCGACGCAAGACCGUCCAGCGACCAUACGGUGGUUCCCGAUGUGGAAACUGUGUCCGUGACAGAAUUGUCCGUGCUUUUUUGGUUGAGGAGGCAAAGAUUGUGAAGAAAGUUCUAAAGAGUCAAGAAGCUGCUUCAAAAAGCAAGAAAUGAUGAUGCAAUGUUGUUCACUGUUCCACCGCUUCUCCGAGAAUCUCUCACCAUGCCGAUCAACCGUCGUUCUGGCUUUAAUAGCUGAAGCUUGUCAACACUCAAUCUAGCUUGUGUAAUUUUCGCGAACUAUGCCCUCGUUAUGCCGCUCAGUCAUGAAGCAUGUAAAAGUGCCCCAGUACCACAAUUUAUUCACCGUCA